CGAAAGCAGCUGUGCUGAUCGGGCGACGCGUGGCUAAGAGGAGUUGAGACGUGCACAGUUGAGUACGGAGACCGCCAGACGGCAAUAAUAAUCAUUGGCUGGUGGCUGGGGCCUGUGGAUUAUAAUAGUCGAUUAAGCGAAUAACUCCCCGCGGGUCGGCAAGCGCGUAUUCGGGACGCGCCGCUGCUCUUGUCGCGGUGCACAUCGUAUCUUCUCCGCGAUGUUUGCCGACAGAUAAUAAUAAUAAUAGCGGCUACGGCUUCGGCGAGCGCACAAUUCGGCCAUUCGGCGCGCGAGCUAGGAGAUCGAGGCGGCCUAUCGUUUAUCGUAGCGAGGGCGCGAUAACGAGGAGCCCACGAGUACAUCGUAGGCGUGCUAUGCCCGCGGCGCCGCGCUCCGGAAAAAAAUGAGGUUAACCGCGGCAUGCCUCUGGCUACUGUGCGCUUGCUGGUGCACGAGCCGCGCCGUCGCUUGGGACAAUGAGGAGCUCGAGGUCUUCGACGUCGUCGAGGAGGUUAACAAGAAUUUCUACGAGCUCCUUGGCGUGCCCCAGAAUGCUAAUUCAUCAGAGAUUAAAAGAGCUUUUCGUAAGCUAUCGUUACAACUGCAUCCGGACAAGAAUAAUGCGGAGGAUGCAGAGGUUCAAUUCAGAAAUUUAGUGUCAGUUUACGAUGUUCUUAAAGACUCAAAGAAACGAGAACACUAUGAUAAUGUUCUUGUUAAUGGAUUGCCAAAUUGGCGGUCAGCUGUAUAUUACUAUCGUCAUGUACGGAAAAUGGGUCUACUCGAGCUUACCAUUAUUCUUUUCAUAGUUAUAACAGUUGGCCAAUAUUUAGUAUCAUGGGCAGCAUAUUUUGAAAAGAGAUAUACAUAUGAACAAGUAUUGGGCAGCAAGUUGCAGAAAUUGCAAAAAAAGAAUCGUAAAGGAAAAAUGGAUGUUCCAGAUUUAGCUGAGAUUUUGGAGAAGAUUCCAACUCCUAGUGCAUGGAAUACACUUCCAUUUCAAUUGCCAAAGUGGAUAUACACUUCCAUUGUUGGUAUUCCGUCCACGAUUCGUAGUAUACAUAGAAUAUUAGAAGAGCGAAAGCGCAGGAAAAAACAAGAAGAAGAAGAAGCUCUCGCUCAAGAAGAAGAGCUUGAGUCGGAACCAGUGCCUCGAGGACCAAGAAGACGACGACAAGGCUUUAUGCCACCGGAACGUGGUGAACGAGCUGCUCGAGAGAACUAUAAAAAGUUCAAUAAUGAAACGACAAAUCAACAGGCUACGGAUAAACAAAGAGUCAGUGGUGGUCUAUGGACAGACGACGAUAUACUCGAGUUGAUUAAAUUGGUUAAGAAAUUUCCCGGCGGAACUAUGAAUCGCUGGGAAAAAAUUGCUGAGAUAAUGAAUCGUACCGUGAAUGAAGUAACGCACAUGGCAAAAAAGGUUAAGGACGAAGGAUUAAAACCUAAUCAACAAAAAGAUGAAAGUGCAAUUGAAGAAUCUAAAAAAGUUAAGACACGUGCCGAAGUUAUUGAGAAUACAUCUGAGUGGAGUCAAGAACAGCAAAAGGCACUUGAAAUUGCAUUAUUAAAAUAUCCCAAAGGAAGUUCGUUGGAUAGGUGGGAGAAAAUAUCGUCGUAUAUUGAAGGGAAAACAAAAGAAGAGUGCCAAGGACGUUACCGAUAUUUGGUGGACAUUGUGAAAAAGAAAAAUUUGCAGUGAUUGUGACAGGUUAUUUGAAACUGGUUUGAACUACAUGAGUAGAAACUGGUGCUGUCUUCAGUGGAUUGUGUUACCAAAAUACCUGUCAAAGAAUAUUAGGUAUUCCUUAAUACAAUGACAUUUUGUUAUAAAAAAUACCUGUUGAUGUAUUUAUUAAAUAUAGAUUUAAUAAUUUAAAAACGAA